GUGUGGUGGUCUCAAAUUACGAUCCGUUCUUAUAGAGAUUUUAUGUAUUUUCAGGGCUGUAUAGCGGGAAGGAAGAACCUCGUCAACAACCGUCAUAGUGGUACACAACAAACGACACACCAUGGCGCUCCAAGAGGUCUUUCUGCACAAUACAAUCACGCAGAAGCCAGGCCAUAUUCAAACACCUGGAUUUUCCCCAUCUCUUUAUUCACUGUAAUCUGUCUACAGCUAUCCAGACAAUUUAAAGAGUUGAACAAGACUAUAGCAAAAGCUACGGAAAAGGACGGAACCAUCACAAAAUGCCUGGAGAUGAUACGCAGGGAACACCAACAUCUCUGUCGUUCUGUGGGACACGCCGAUCAUAUAUUUUCCGUUAUCGUAUUAGUAGAGCUAGGUCUCAAUCUGCCACUGAUAUGCUUUCUACUGUACGAGAUUAUUGUCGUCAGUUAUCCGUUCGGAGCGUUCAUGCUGACGUUAAUAGUCUUCUGGUUAUUAGCAAUCUGCACCAGUGUCGGCAUAGUAUCGUGGUUUGGCGCCGUCCUCCAUGAAAGUGCACAUGCGGCAGUUCACAAUCUACACGAUAUAUCGAUAUCACCUGGUACGGAAAACCACAGAAUACUAGAGGUCUGUAUGUUUAUGGCCAAAAUGAACGGCACACCGAUUGCUAUCACAAUCUGUAAUCUAAUUCCUUUAACCAAGGAGUUUAUUCUCACGCUUCUGCUGCGGCGAGCUGUACCCUGUCGUCAACAACGGGAACCCUCUGCACCCUGUCGCCACCACCAGGAACUCUACACCCUGUCGCCACCAGCGGGAACUCUGCAUCCUGUCGCCAACACCGGGAACUCUACACCCUGUCGCCACCACCGGGAACUCUGCAUCCUGACGCCAACACCGGGAACUCUACACCCUGUCGCCACCACCGGGAACUCUGCAUCCUGA